GAUAUCGAAGAUCUCGCGCGCGUCGAUGCUGUCUGGAACCUGCUCGUCUUCCUCGCCCGCCGUCACAGGCCGCUCCCCGGAACGCUCGUAGAUGAGCGGGUUAGCGUUCUCCAGGAGGCCGCCGCCGCCGCCGCCGCCGCCGCCGCCGCCGCCACCGCCGCCGCCACCUCCACCUCCGCUAACACCUACCAUCCCGGAACUACUGUGGACCGCAGUUUGCAUACACUUCCGCUCCAACAGGCGCACUUCCGGGGAACAGGAAGAGGCGUGGCGUGGCUACGGGGUCGCACGAGGGACUUGCGGCGCUGUCAUUAUUCAGCCCUGGACUCUGCCAGCCCCAUCCGGAGCACAAACACUGGGCAGGUGCGGGGCAGCCUCGUCCACGUGAAGGGCACUGAUGUGGGAGUCCACACCUUCCUGGGAAUUCCAUUUGCCAAGCCACCUGUAGGAUCACUGCGGUUUGCAGCCCCUGAGGCCCCUGAGCCCUGGAGUGGUGUGAGGGAUGGAACCUCCUACCCUGCUAUGUGUCUGCAAGAUGCGGACAUAAUGAAGAUGUUUAAUAUGACCGCUCCUUCAGUCCCUGUAGCUGAGGACUGCCUGUACCUCAACAUCUAUACACCUGCCCAUGUGCAUGAUGAAUCUCGCCUGCCUGUGAUGGUAUGGAUCCAUGGUGGUGCACUAAUUUUAGGCACGGCUUCCUUAUAUGAUGGAUCUAAACUGGCAGCUUCUGAGAAUGUGGUGGUGGUCACUAUCCAGUACCGCCUCGGUGUCCUGGGGUUCUUCAGCACUGAAGACCAGCACGCCACUGGUAACUGGGGCUUCCUGGACCAAGUGGCUGCCCUACGCUGGGUGCAAGAGAAUAUUGCUCACUUUGGAGGCAACCCUGACCGUGUCACCAUUUUUGGGCAGUCUGCAGGUGGCGUAAGCGUAUCUUCACUUGUCUUGUGCCCCAUGUCUCAAGGACUCUUCCAUGGUGCCAUCAUGGAGAGUGGGGUGGCCCUGCUGCCUGAUAUCAUCUCUAGCUCAUCUGAGAACAUCUACACAAUGGUGGCCAACAUGUCUGGCUGUGGGCAGAUUGACUCAGAAGCCAUGGUGAGAUGCUUACGUGGCAAGAGUGAAGAGGAGAUUUUGGCUAUUACAAAGGCCUUGGAGAUCAUCCCUGCUGUGGUGGAUGGGGCCUUUCUUCCUAGGCACCCCCAGGAGCCGCUGGCCUCUGCUGACUUUCAACCUGUCCCCAGCAUCAUUGGGGUCAACAAUGAUGAGUAUGGCUGGGCCUUGCCAUGUCUUUCGGCUCUGCUGACACCCAGAAGGAAAUGAACAGAGAGACUCUGCGGACUGUUCUGCAGAGCAUGUCAGCACAGAUGAUGUUGCCUGCUGGGUUUGGUGACCUGUUCAUGGAAGAGUACAUGGGGGACAUUGAGGACCCCCAGGCCCUCAAAAUCCAGUUCCAUGAGAUGAAGGCGGAUUGUAUAUUCGUGAUUCCUGCACUCCAAGUAGCACAUUUUCAGCUGCACUUCACUGAGGAGGAGGAGCUACUAAACAGAAGGAUGAUGAAAUAUUGGGCCAAUUUUGCACGAAAUGGGUGA